CCUGUUUUGAGGAAAGUUUUUUCUUCGAAAAAUACCGUCAGAGCAGCUCGGUUUGCAGUGAGGCAUAAACGCGGCCGCUGACGAUCUUUCUCGCGUACCGCGCAUUGUUUUGGCGCGGCGGCUCGUUCAGCGGGAGUGCCGCGCCGGAGAAUCUAUCCGUAGCGAAAGGAUUAAAGUUCUCUGGUGGCAACCAAACCGCUUUAUGGUUUCGUCUAUGAUCAACAUGAACAAAUGUAUAAUUCUACACUUUACCAGCAGCUGCUCUACACUUUACUAUUCUUAUCUGAUCCUGCGCGUGCAGUUCUUACAUAUUCACUAUUUAUGUGCGACGCGUAUUUGAAUCGGUACUUAAUACAUACUUUUACAUUAUGUAUGAAUGUAUGGCAUGAUAUCGACUUAAAUGUGCACAUGAAUUAAAAAUUCCGGAAUUAUGCAAAUGUAUCUUAUAAUAAUUUAUGUUAAACAUGUAUGUAAAAUUUCACAAUAUAAAAACAAGUAUUAUAUGAAAAUUUUUUGUUAGUGAAGACUAUAGAAUCAAUACGCCUGUAAAACAAAAGAAAAUAUUCUUUGUAUAAUCGUCAGCAUAGCUGAACGUCGAAGAGUACGUAUCUUAUGCGUAUCUUAUCUUCCUGAAUAUACAAAUCUUAGUAUUUUACAGAAACUUCAAAUUAUGUCCUUUUGCGAUCUGCUUACACAAAAUAUUUAAACAUUAUAUUUUUAAAUAAAAAAGCAUGUUACGUAUAAAAAGUAGAGUUGAUCUCGAUACCUCUUCUACAUCUCCACAUAUGAAAAAGCUAUUAACAACAAAUCAUGGCUCUCUUAAAACCAAGCAAGUUUGGUCUGAUGCAUAUCCUUCUAACAUCAAAACAAGCGAGUCACACAGAUGGCCUGUGACUUCACCAUAUUUUUAUCUGUGGGGCUGCAGCUUGAAUGAAAUGACAUCCUCAAUAAAUCAGAUAUCCUGACAGAAUUAAAAAACCUGGCAUAUGAAAUUAUUGUACUGUAAAAUAUUCAUCAGGCAGAGAAAUAUGUUAAAAAGUUUUUACCCCUCUAUGUAAAAUACAGAAAACUAUUUGUCAGAUUUAAUUUUUUUAAUAUUAAUGUACAAAAUCUCUAACACCCAAUCCCCCUCUUCUUUUCUUUAACUAAGCAUAUUCUCUAAUCAAAACUUGUACUACUUGGACUGCUACGCGAAUUUUAUAUACGUCCUGACACAAUGAUGGAUUUAGAUAUACUAUACUAUAUAUUUAAUUUUUGCAAAAUAUUACACUUUAUUUACGUACUUUUUUCUGACAACGUUAUUUAAGUUAUUCACAUUGUUGACAAUUCUUUAAUUCAUGAAAUUUAUUUUAUUUUAACCAUUCUACAAAAUUUAGUAAAACUCGUGAGUUACCGAUGGUCACCGUGACAGACAAUGUGCUAAAAGAAUAUCGAGAGACUGCAGUGAUGUCGCAACGUACAUGCGUGUAUGUCGAAUUUUGGUGAGUUGCGAAAGGACACCACCCCGUAUGUGGAACAGUGCGGAAAUUUGUAGAUAUAGUUAGGUUGAAGAUGCGCAUGAGUAGGUAGGGCUAGACAAGAGCUCGACGACGCAAAGGUAGUUUCUAUAAAUUGAGGAAGGAAGGAAAAAAGGGGUAGGGAAUACCGAUGGAUCAGGUGAAUCGUGGUGGUUGAAAGUGGUAGCUCAGCAGCAGACGGUAGACAGCCGGUAAUCGAGUAAUAUUGCAGUCGAUUGCAGGAAAUCUGAAAGUUAUCUCGUUAUGGAGUUACGCGAAGUGAAUCGCACUUUUGAUACUGCGGAAGAAACUACGGAACUUUUAUCGCCAUCCCAUCGCGAUAACAUCGAAAUUGAAAGUUAUUUCAUCGAAUACGCUAUUCAAAAAGAAAUGAUAAAUCGCAAUCGAUGUCCCGCUAGCCGUCGUUUACUUAGUCAAACGGCUCAUUUGGCAGAUUUUACUUUUACUAAUGGCAAUAAUCAAAAGGAUACGUCAUCCGUCGGUAUCAGUAUGAUUCAUACUUCAAAUGCGAAUUGGCCUCCUUCUAGAAAGAGGGAAGAGGCAAGAGCGUUGGAAAAUCUCCGAAAAAGAGUGGAACAAUCGAAAUUAUAUAAAGCAAAUCGAAUUUCAGAUACCUGCGAAUCGACUUCUUCAUCUUCGGUUUUGAAUAAUGAUCAAAUUCAUCAGCUUGACAAUCGACCGAAGCUGUUAAAAAAGAUCCUGAGUAACAGGCCGAUGAGUAUCGCACAUGAUAGUAACGAUUUGGAGACUGACUGGCGAGAUAGCGAAUUUAUAACGGAAUGUUUAUGCUGGCACAAUGUUUAUCGACAAAGACACAAUGCUCCACCCUUAACCAUGUCACCGCAGUUGUGUGAGUAUGCACAAACAUGGGCCAAUCAUUUAGCACACACCAACACAUUUUACUAUAGAAACGAUCGAGAAGUUGGACAAAAUCUUUAUUGUCGACCUGGUGGUGCUGUCCCUACCGAUGUAACUGGGCAAGAUGUUGCAUCGUAUUGGUAUUCAGCGGUGAAACAAUAUGACUUUUUAAAAGAACCGGAUAUUCUUCAUGCUAAUGUAAACGCAGGUCAUUUUACGCAAGUAAUUUGGGCAAGCAGUCGUUAUUUCGGGGUUGGAAAAGCACGUAGUAGAAGCGGAAAAAUCAUCGUAGUAGCCAAUUAUCAACCUGUUGGUAAUAUAUCCGGACAAUUUCAAACUAACGUGUUACCCCCUUUACCCGAAAAUGUAAAUAUCACUUUAUCAUCUCAGCGACAACCAUCCAUAAAAGUUUUUCGUGACCAUUACAUUGCAUCUGAUUCGCCACCACCAGCAUCAUCAUCUGUACCGCUUUCGGAUACAGCAUCAACGGACAGUGAUCAUUCUUCCGUUAGUUCUACGCAAUAAUAUAGACGACCGAAUUGCCUUUUCUGCGUUUGCACGCGCGGAUGGGAUGGGCAUUAAUCAGAUUUGAUUUCUCUCAUCUUUUUCUUGUUAUUUCAUGUAACUUGACUAAAGUUUACGAAAGAAAAUUACAUAAUACACACGCAAUGACAAACCAAAGAGAUUGAAAUAUGCUUAUACAUAUAUGUAUGUAUGUAUUGUAAGCAUAUUUCAAUCUUUAUGGAUAUAUAUGGAUCUAUAUGGAUAUAUAUACAUAUAUAUAUCAAUGGAAAAUGUUUGUAAACGAAAAUUAGUCA